CUAAUAUUAUAGAUAGAUGAUGAUUGCAGAAGUCCGAUCGAUGCUGUUAUUCUUGACGUUGUUACUCAGUGUUUUCCAAAGCAGCCUGUGUACAUUACAACAUGUGACGUGUGGGUCACUAGUGAAACUUCUCAAUGCCGACGCCACAGUUAGACUCCACUCUCAUGAUGUGAAGUAUGGUAGUGGGAGUGGCCAACAGUCUGUCACUGCAGUGAAUGACCAGGAUGACUCCAACAGCUACUGGCAAGUAGUCCAGGCUUACAACACUCCCACCUGCAUACGAGGAAGUGCGGUGCAGUGUGGUGAUGUGGUGCGGCUGUUGCACAUGAACACGGACAAGUACCUCCACUCACACCUCUUUUCAGCCCCCCUCACUGACUCACACCAGGAAGUGAGUGCCUACGAGAGAACGGACACAGGUGACAAUUGGAAAGUGGUGUGUGACUCAGACUUGUGGAGGAGAGACGGAGUGGUCAAGUUCCAACAUAUCGACACGGGAAGCUUUCUGGCCAUAACUGGCAGCCAGUAUGGUCGACCAAUCAAAGGCCAGUACGAAGUGGCGGCCAUGAAAAGAGACUCGAGGAAGUGUGGCUGGAGAAGCUCAGAGGGAGUGUUUGUUAAGGAGUCAGAUGAGCCUCUCAAGUACAAUGAACAAAGAGAAGCAGAUGAAGAUAACGAAGAGGAACACGAUGAGCUGUGAUUGGUCAAUUAUUUUGAGAGAUUUUGAUUGGAUGAGAUUCAUCUGAGAAGCUAUUGAAACUUGUUCACGUUGCUUUCAUGUCCAAUCGUGCUAUUCUAAAAAAUAUUAUAAAAUAAGAGAUAAUUAUGGUAGCUUGGCGCAAGAGACGACAGGACAUUGAGACGACAUGACAUUAAGACGUUCAAUGAGCAUUUAAACUUAUAAAAUGAACUAGUUUGAGUUUAAGCUGUUUCUAUUUCUCAGAAAUACAAUUGAAGAAUUGUGGAUAAUGUCGUCUUAAAGUCACGUUGUAAACGGUUGUCGUCUUCAAAGAUGUCGUCUUAUCCGCCGGACACCAUGCUAAUGAUAAUGAUGAUGAACACCAGCGGAUUUGGGGGAAGGGGGCGGACGCUCUCUUUUUGGCUGACGGACCUUGAAACUUUUCUAAAAGAGCCUUUGGCGCCCAAAAAAAAACAAAUUUUGAGAGGAGCGCGCGCCGAUAAACCGCAAGUCUUUGGUCAAAAUUUUC